UGUGCGCCGGGCCGUCACGACACGACCCUCGACGAUCGACGACAUGGGAGCGGCAUAUCUCCCCACGCGAACCGAAGCACGCUCGCUUGGGCAGGUAGUAUCGCCAACGCUUGGCAAUGGGGCGGGUUUGCGCCCUUUUCGGCCAUGGAACUUGGCAGCCCUGCGAUUAGUUGUCUUAUCCAGUUUAGCGCGUCGAGGGACGGUGAUGAGGACGAUACCACCCCACCAAUGGGCACCAAUGGUGGGUGGCAUCUAGGCGAGCCAGGCCCUGAUAUUCCACCCACAAGGCGGGGGAAACCGGUCGAAUACAUACGAGCCGUUCGCUGUCCCAGACUUGGCCGCUUCAGCGAACUCGUCUCUAUCCCUCCCCGAGGCUUACAGUCGUUUCCAGAGCAAUGGCACCUCUCACGCGCUGGCUCCUCGCGCUCGCGGGAUUCGGCAUCGCAGCCGGCCAAAACAACAAGGCCGCAGGCCCCGACACGGCGGCCAUCACCAGGUCAGCCCCCGCCGCCCUUCCGCAGCUGACAGGCCGCUACAUCGUCCGCUUCACCGACACCGGGUCGGCCAGGUUCCGCAAGCGCGACGGCGGCCUAGACGCCGACGCCUUCUUCCGCAGCGCCCUGGGCGGCAGCGGGAGCGGCGAGGACGGGGAGCUGCGCGGCGUCAAGCAGCAGGUGGUCUUCGACUCGGACCUGUUCCGCGGCGCGUCCUUCACCAUCGACACCGGUAACGCCAGCCGCAGCGGCCGCAGCGCCGCCGACACCCUCGCGCGGCUCAGGUCCCUGCCCGAGGUCGAGGCGAUCUGGCCCGCGGGCGUCUUCACCAUCAUACCCCGGCACGACGCCGCGGCCGCCCGCCAGGUCGCCGUCGACGCCGCGGCCGCCGCCAACGGGACGUACGCGCGCUGGAGCCCGCACGGCGCCACGGGCGUGGCCGCGGUUCACGCGCUCGGCCACCGCGGCGCCGGCGUCAGGAUCGCCGUCGUGGACAGCGGCGUCGACUACAACCACCCCUCGCUCGGCGGCGGCUUCGGGCCGGGGUUCAAGGUCGAGGGGGGAUUCGACUUUGUUGGCGACAACUGGGACCCAAAGAGGGACGGGCAGACCUACAAGCCCGACGACGACCCCAUGGACUGCAACGGGCACGGCACGCACGUCGCCGGCAUCGUCGCCAGCGGGAGCGAGUCCGUCCCCGGAGUCGCGCCCGCGGCCAGGCUGUGGAGUUACAAGGUGUUUGGGUGCGCCUCGAGCACGUACGAGGACGUCAUCAUCGCCGCCUUCCUACGGGCCAGGGGCGAUGGGGCCGACAUCAUCACGGCGUCGCUGGGCUCCAGCCUCGGCUUUCCAGACAGCGCCCUCGCCACGGUUGUGAGCGCCGUCGCAGCUGAGGGGAUAUUUGUCUCAAUCGCGGCUGGAAACUCUGGCAACAAAGGACCCUUCUAUACCAGCGAUGGUGGCAACGGCCGCGGAGUUGCCUCGGUGGGGAGCAUUGAUCAUGACGAGCUGGUGGGCUACACUGUACUCGCCAAGUCGAGCAGCGGCGAGUCUAGGGAGAUCGCCUACCUGAGCCACGAUAGCGGUGCAUGGGAUAUCGCUGGCAGAUCGCUGCCCGCCGCCUUCGCCAGAACGCGAGAGGCAUACACCCCCUGCACCGUAAACCGACCUGGCGUUGCCAGAAACACCGUCUUUGUGAACCCACGCCGCAACUGUGGCUGGCAACUUCACGACACCGCCCUCAGCGGACAGGUUGACUACGUCUUCUAUUCAAACUUCAAGGACGCCGAAUAUGUGGUGCCGGACCGUGCCUACUACGACCCCGCCAGGCAGCCCAAGGGAUUCGGCCUCAUCUCCUACGAGGAUGGCAACUGGCUUUACACCCAAAACGAGCGCGGAAACGCCAUCACCUUUCAGUUUGCGACCGGCGCGGCCCCGGAGCCCGUCGGCCUUCCUGUGCGGCGCUUCGCUGGUGGGAGGAUGAGCGCCUUCUCGUCCUGGGGGCCCACCAUCGACGCGCGCUUCUCGCCAGUCAUCUCAGCCCCCGGUGGCGGCAUCUUCUCGACCUUCCCGACGAACCAGGGCAGCUGGGCCGUCCUGUCAGGCACGAGCAUGGCGACCCCCUACAUCGCCGGCGUCGCGGCCCUCUUCUACUCCUCUCGCGGCGGACGCUCCUCCCUCGGCAGGUACGCCAACAAGGCCGCCCUGGACCGCAUCAUAGCCAGCGGGAGGCCUGUGCUGCACACAGACAGCACCCAAAACCCCGCCUCGGUCUCGCAGCAGGGAGCGGGCCUCGUCGACGCCCUCAAGGUCGUGCUCGCGAACGCGACGCUGAGCCCCAGCCUCCUCGCCCUCAACGACACGGACCACUUCUCCGGCACCCAAUCGCUCACCGUGACCAACGCGGGGAGUCGGCCGGCGUUCUACAACCUGACGCACGAGCCCGGCAUCACGACGCUCACCCGCCCGCGCGGAGACGUCUGGUUCGGCGCCGACCCGCCGUACGAGUCGGCUGGCGACGGCGUGGCCACGGUCGAGCUGCCGGGGGGGUUCCUCCUGCAGCCCGGGGAGAGCCGCAAGGUCCCGGUGGCCUUCAAAGCCCCCGUCGGCCCCGACCCCAAGACGUUGCCCGUGUACGGCGGGCGCAUCCGAGUCGUUAGCGACACAGGCGAGGCGCUGUCGGUGGCUUAUAUGGGCAUCAAGAGCUCGCUCCGUAGCAUCGAGAUCUGGGACAGCGAGGCAGGCGUACCGUUUCUGAUGAGCACGGCCGGCGGCUUCAUCCAGGAGGGCGCCGUCUUCGCCAUGAACGGGACAGGAGAAAGGCCGCAGGCCUAUUACAUGAAUCACUUUUCCACUCGCGAGAUGAGCUUUGACUUCGUCGACCGCGACUGGACCCCCUCGGACUGGACCUACCCUCCCGUCCCGGGAAAGAACAAAUUGCGCGGCCACAUGCUCUCCGAGCCCGUGGGGCUCGCCGGGGUCGAGGUCGCCUUCCCCAUGGUCAACGCGCCGCGGGACCAGGGCGGCAUCUUCAUGAUCUCGCAGACCAGGUGGGCGCACGGGGAGGAGAUCCCCGCGGGCGAGUACAGGCUUCUGGGCCGUGUGCUGCGCAACUUUGGCGACCCGGCCAGGAUCGAGGACUGGCAGUGGGCCGUCUCGGCGUGGUUCAGGGUGACCAAGGGGCGAGGGGCUUAG